CAUGGUUACUCCAAGUGCUCUUCCCUGCAUGCCUUUAUACAUUCAGGUUAAUUGUGAUCGGAUAUUAGACAGACAGAAGUCCUAGUCUUUACUACUGUUGAGGGAUUCCUGGUUUUAUUUGAGACAGUUUGAUGAGCUGGGUCCAUGGACCCCCAACAGUCUGCCCUCCCACUGCAGCUGCAUGGCAACAGUUUUGCUAUGAGCUCUGGACAAGUGCCAAAACUAAACGCGGGAUACAAUGAAGGAGGAGGAGGAGCAGGAGGAGGAAGAGGAAGAAGAGGCCAAGAAGCAGAACUUAAUCAGCAAAACGUGACCUCCUCUCUUCAUGUCAGUUCCAGGUUGAACCCAGGUGAACAGUUUCAGUGCCCACUGGAGCCCCUGGUUCACUGCCAUGCCAAGGGCAAGCUGGACAUCAAGAGCAGGAGCUGCAGUCUACUCACCAUCUGCCGCUCAGGAGUAAUGUUUCCCUGGAUGCAUCCACGGACAACUAACUCUGAACAAUCUGUCAGCGGCGGGAUGUCAGGCAGAGGAAGGCUCGGCGUCAGGAGGGAGAGAACGGCCUUCACCAACAGCCAGCUGCUGGAACUGGAGAAAGAGUUCCACUUCAACCCUUAUCUCUGUCGUCCCCGGAGGCUGGAGAUGGCCGCCGGGCUGCAGCUCACUGAUCGCCAGGUCAAGAUCUGGUUUCAGAACCGCCGGAUGAGGUAUAAGAAGGAGCACAAGUAUGGAAAGGUGGCAUUGGCAGGUUCUUCCCAGUGGUCUCCCUGCGACCCGUCCCUGAGCUCAAGCUCAUGUGAGGACCUCCUGAGGUUUCCAGGUGCAUGUGUUGUUAGAACUUCUUCCUCAGAGCUGCACUUCAUGGAUUAUGCUCCUAUGUCCUCCACCGUCUUUGGCUCUCACAGUGACGCCAGCAGUGGUCAGUGUAUUCACCCUGCAGACCUGCCCCAUCUCAGCAGUAUACUUCCAUCUGUUGCAAAUGGUCCACCGCCCUCCUGUACAGGCGUAGAUAGUCAUCACCAUGCUGGCAUUUCAAACUGGCCCUAGGGCCCCAUAAUGGCCAUCCCUCCUGUGCUCAUCAAAAUCUCAA